AUGACGAAGGGUUUAGCUCCAACAAUGAUGUCUUUAUUGGUGAUAUGGCUAGCUAUGUCGUUUCAAACUUCGGAUGCUCACGACUCUGUCUCUGAUCCAAACGCUCAGAACCGUUUGCAAUUUGAGAAACUACUUGAGGUAAAAUUACAGGUAGCUUUUAAGACAAUUGAACAAGGAAAUCAAAUUGAAGGUCAGAAGAUGCUUGAAAUUAUUACCACUCUUUUUAUGAGGUUUAAAUCUUUGCCUCAUGAAGAAAAAAUGGCUUGUCUUUCUGAGAUCAUGAUAAAGGUUAAGAAGUCACUCAAUAAAGAAACUCAACUUAUUGCUGAAGAAUUCCUUGGAGGCCUGCAAAUGGGAGUCACGAUUGUUAAGAAACCUCAAGAACAUACUGCAUCAAGUCCAUCUAGUCAGAAUGGUUCUCAAAAAGAGCAAUUUGUGCAACUACUUGAGCAAACCUUGCAAAUAGCUUUUCAGAAAAUGCAACAAGGGAAUCAGCCUGAAGCUAAAAUGAAGCUUGAAGCAAUUACAACUAUUUUUAUGAGGUUUGACUCUAUGCCUCAAGAACAGAAACUGGCAAAACUUACCGAGAUUGUGUUGAAUAUUAAGAAGUCACUGAAUAAAGAAUGCCAAGCGGCUGCUGAUGAAUACCUUUUGGGCGUGCAAAUGGGAGUCAAGAUUGUUAACGAACGUCAACAAGGUACUGCUUCUGGUCCUGUUAACGAACAUCGACAAGGUACUGCUUCUGGUCCAUCUGGUCAACAAGGUUCUGUAAAUGAGCAAUUUGUGCAACAACUUGAGCAAAAUUUACGAAUAGCUUUUCAAAAAAUUCAAGAAGGAAAUCAAUUUGAAGCUCAAAAGAGUUUUGAAGUUACUAGCACUAUUUUUACAAGGUGUAAAUCUAUGCCUCAUGAAGAGAAAAUGGCUAAACUAACCGAAAUCGUGUUGAAGAUUAAGAAGUCACUCAAUAUAGAAACACAAGCUAUUUGUGAAGAUUUCCUAGGAGGCGUGCAAAUGGGAGUCAAGAUUGUUAAAGGACAUCAAGAGAAUACUAUUUCUAGUCCAUUUGGUUUUGUAGGUGUUCAAAAUCAGCAAUUUGUGCAACUACUUGAGCAAAACUUGAAAGUAGCUUUUCAGAAAAUUGAAGAAGGAAAUCAAUUUGAAGCUCAAAUGAGGCUGAGAGCUAUUGUUCCUCUUUUCACACAGUUUAAAUCUAUGCCUCAAGAAGAGAAAAUGACAAACCUUUUCGACAUCAUGUUGAAUAUUAAGAAGCCACUAGAUAAACAAACACAAUCGGCUGCUGCAGAAUACCUUCUAGGCGUGCAAAUGGGAGUCAUGAUUGUUAAGGAACAUCAAGAGAAUGUUGGCUCUAGUCCCACUGGUCAGAAAAGUUCUCAAACCACAAUAUUUGGUCAAAUACACAGUUGA